AUGGCCUGCCAGUCUGGCCAGACGGAAGUCCCACAAUGCCAUAUCGACACUGCAAAAAAUUCCUUUGCUCGGGAUCAGCCCAUGACGACGGAUCUUCAACCUGGAACGUUCUUCGCUGAUCCCAAUUAUCUGGACUCGUUGCCAUACAUGGCAAAGAUCCUGAUUUGCGCCAUUCAAGACUCCGGAAACCAUCCCAACAAUCCUGCGCUAUGCCAUCACCAAUCUGACCGAGCCUUGAACCAGUACCGACAGACAGGUAAUGACGAUCUUCUCACAAUGGCUUUCGCAAUGGAAGUCAUGGCUCUGUGGUACGUACCAGCCGUACAUCCAGGCCGAGGCAAAUCAAACCACCACUUGGGACUUCUGUACCAAACAAGAUGGGAGAACAAAAAGGCACAGAACGACCUAGACGAGGCAGAUGACGCCGUAUUGUGCGAAUGGGCCUGCGACGUCGCUUUCGUCUUUUGGAAGCACUGGGAGUUAACGAAGCUGGACAGCGACAAGGAAGAUGCAAAACAACCAUCGCGCGCUCGGCACCUCUCUAACAAGGGGGAAUUCCUUUACCUUACUAUGUCUGGCAGCGACUCAGAGAGGGUCAUGUCACUCACCGAGUCUAUUGAAUCCCACGAUGAAGCGCAAUUUGCACCGUAUGGGAUGAUUUACCGCAACGCCGCAAAAGCGUACAUUGGGCGUUUCCGCAUAGCAAAGAUGGCUACAGAUGGAGACAAAGGAAUCUCUCUAUAUGAGAAAGCUCUCGGUCAGGAGACACCGGGAAAUCAAAGCUGGCUCCAUUUUACAGCCGAACUUGCCAAUGCCUAUAACCUGCGGUUCGAGGUGUCAGGAGACCCCGAGCAGGGAGAAAAGGCCUGUGAGUUGUGGAGAAAAUCUAUCACGAGUGACCCCACCUCCAUCACGUCAAGGGUAACACUUGCAGAGUUCUAUCGCUGCAAAUCAGAAAAAUGCCUGGAUCGGGGCGCGACUGAAGAUCUGCUCGGUCAAGCCCUGAGGCUAGCUAACGAUGCAUUCAACGUGUUACCGCCGGGGCAUUCCGAGACUGGGCUAGUUUUCCGCUGCUUCGCAGCCAUUUACUACAGUCUGUACGAAGCCAGUGGUGAGCUGUCGCUCAUUGACAAAGCGGUUGAGUGUGGGAGAAAAGCCACACAGGCUCCGGAUCAUGACGACUUGUGGGAUUCCCACCGCUUACUGGCUCAGAUUUUAUCCACGCGCUAUGAGCGUCUCCAAAAGCCAGAGGACAUGCGCGCCUGUGUAUCUGCUGCCACACGAGCACUCUCCCUGUGUCCGUCUGACAAUUCAGAACACCAGGGCCAAUGCGUAUGGAUCAUGGGCAAAGCGACCCGCGCAGAGUACGACGGCUCUCGAAAGACCGAGCUACUCAGCCAAGCAAUUUCGAAAUUCUCGCAGGCCGAUCAACUCAUACACAACGACACAUCGUCAAAAGCGCUGGUUCUCAACGAUUUAGGAAAUUCGUAUGUACAGCUGUUCGGGCACGAGGCGCGCCCCGAACACCUAGAGAAAGGCAUCGACGCACAUAAAGAGGCGUUGUCGGUGCUUCAGCAGACCCACAAAACGGACCGACACCCCAAUAUUCUCAUGGUCAAUUCCGCCCUUGGAAACGUCAUGGUGCAGCGGUUUGUCCACUGGCGGGCGGAAGCUGAUAUCGAGUCUGCCGUCAAGUACUGUCGCAGGAGUCUCUCGGGUAUGGACGCGCAUCAUCCGCGACAUGCUCUGCGUGUGGGGAAUCUCAGCGCCGCACUACAGCUGCGCUUUCAAAGCAAGCGAAAUGUAGACGAUCUUAGAGAAACACAGGAUCUACUCGCCGAGGCACUCGACGGCUCUGUCCCGCUCAGCGACGGAGUAAAGACCAUGCUCGCCACCGUUAUGGGCAAUACCUACCAACUGUCGUAUGGCGUAUCUGAGCAAUCAAUUGACCUUGAAAAUGCCAUUGACUACUACUCCAAGGGUCUCGCCGUCGGGAGCGCCGCAUCGGCUCCACUGCGGGGCAUGGCGCUGAACCACAAGGCUGCUUGUCUUCAGCUGCUAGCUAUGUCUACCGGAGAGAUCGCCAAUUUCGAGACCUGUGCAAAGGCGUAUGAGGAGUCUCAAGGGCUGCUGGGCAAGGAAGACCCCGUCUACUGGGUCCCCGUAAUGAAACACGCCGAUCUACUGUAUGCCAUGUAUGAGCUAAAGUUGGGGUCUGACUUCAAAGAGCAUGCGCGUCAGGCGCUAGACAAAUACGAUUAUGUCGCCAACUUGAAUAUUAUCUCGCCAGCCAUCCGAAUCACUGUGGCGUGUCAGGCUGCCGAGCUGUCCAGUCGUGUGCUUCAAGAUCGAGCGAAGGCCCGAAACGACAUUCUCAUCAGCUUGGAUCUACUUCCCGAGGCUAUAUUAAUGCACGCGACUCGACUAGAGCAACUCAAAUUCGUACGACAAUAUGAAUCUGUCCCGGGUAUGGUUGCAGCCCUAUCCAUCGACGCAGGUGAUCCCGCAAGCACCGUCAUCCCACGUCUUGAAGCCGGACGUGCCUUCAUCUGGGACCGCGUUCAAGGCCGGGAGACACAACUGGAUGAGAUCCAGGCCAUUGACCCCAUGCUCGCUGAAAGAUUCCGCACCCUGCAGCAACGAGUCACUCAGCAAUCGCGUGCUGCCGGUGCAUCAGGCGAUCUUGAUCUAGCGUCUGUCACGGUGGACGAUGCAAAUCGCAUGCAGCGCCAGCACGAUUCGGACGCCUACCGCCUGGUUCUCGGCGACAUCAGAGCACUACCAGGGUUUCAGUCAUUCUUGCGCAUCCCAGACACCACCACUGACCUCCAAGCCUAUGCCGCCGACGCACCAAUCGUCUUCAUCAACUGCAGCGACUACCGCAGUGACGCGCUCGUGAUCACCAAAGACGAGGUGUACAAUCUCCCGUUACCAUCCUUCACCCUAAGCAAAGUACAGCACUGGGGCCAGCGAUUCCUACAAGCACGAGAAAGCCUCAGUAUCCCCGAGUCCCAAGCAUGGGCCCUUGAUGCAUAUAAAGUAGUCAUGAAAUGGCUAUGGGAAGCAGCUGCCCAACCGGUCCUCACCUCCAUCAACUGGGACAGGUACGAGCGCGGACCCUUCGGAAAACCCCGUGUCAUAUGGGUCUCGACUGGCUGGAUCAGCGUGCUCCCCAUCCACGCCGCGGGUGACUUUUUUGAGCCCUCGCCGUCGUCGGAAUCCACCGGACCUCGUUGCGUCCAUGACAUCGCUGCUUCAUCGUACACUAACUCGCUCAAGUCGCUGGAAUUUACCCGAUUGAAUGCACAGCGCAUGGGCUUGCAGCCGAGCUCCGCUCCGCAAGCCCUCCUCGCUGCGAUGGCAACCACGCCGGGCCUCGGUCCAGAAGGCGAUCUCGCCGUCGAGGCCGAAAUCGCCACGAUCAAAGACACCCUAUCUCCAACCUUCACAGUAAACGUCUCCAGCCAGCCGACCUCUAAAUCCAUCAAGGCCGCCCUCCCCGCUUCCACAAUUGCCCACUUCGCAUGCCACGCGGUCGCGAACAGCAAAGACCCCUCCCAAAGCGCCAUCCUCUUACAAGACAACCAGACCCGUCCGCCUCCCUUCUGCACACGCACCAUCCUCAACCUAGCCCUCAAGACCUGCAACCUUGUCUACCUAUCAGCUUGCGAGUCAGGCGCAAACAAAGACAUGCUUCUUCUUGACGAGGGCAUCCACAUCGCAGGAGGGUUUCACAUAGCCGGCGUGCCGCAUGUGUUAUCUACGCUGUGGAAGGUGCAGGAUAGUGUCUCUGCAGAAUUGGCGGGUCUGUUUUACGGACUGUUGGUGGAGACUGGACGCGAGGUGGUGGACUUCGGGAGGGCGCCAUUCGCGUUUCAUGAGGCUGUGGGGGUUAUGAGGCGGAGGGGUGUGCAUCCCAUGCUUUGGGGGCCGUUUGUGCAUUCGGGGCCGUAG